CAACCUGUUUCAUUUAUCGUUGGAGGAAGAGAAAGGAGAGAAUCGGGUUACAAGAUGGCGGCUGUGUGAUCUACCAGUCAAGCCGAGGAGGCAGAGGGAUCGGCGCUGGCGGGAGGAGGACGGUGACACCGGAUCCAUCAGGAGACGAGAAACCCGCGGCCCCCGGGGCUCCUCCUGCUAAUAGCCAGCGGCUCCAACUUCAGGCAACCGGCAAAGGAUGAGCCGCGGUGGGGGCUUACCGUGAAGAAAGCCGGGGCGAGAACGAGCGGGCGGCAUCAUGUCUGACACCAGGCGGCGGGUCAAGGUCUACACCCUGAACGAGGAGCGCCAGUGGGACGACCGGGGCACCGGCCAUGUGUCCUCCACCUAUGUGGACCGGCUGAAGGGGAUCUCGCUGCUGGUGCGGGCCGAGGCUGACGGUUCGUUGCUUUUAGAGUCGAAGAUUAACCCGAAUACUGCAUAUCAAAAGCAGCAGGAUACACUGAUAGUUUGGUCUGAAGGGGAAAACUAUGACUUGGCUCUCAGUUUUCAAGAAAAAGCCGGCUGUGACGAAAUAUGGGAAAAGAUUUGUCAGGUUCAAGGCAAAGACCCCUCUGUGGAAGUCACACAAGACCCGAUUGAUGAAUCGGAAGAAGAACGCUUUGAGGAGAUGCCUGACUCAAGCAACUUGAUUGAUCUUCCUACUUGUGAACUCAGUAAACUUGAAGAGAUUGCUGACCUUGUUACCUCAGUCCUAUCAUCACCUAUCCGCAGAGAGAAGCUAGCUCUGGCUCUGGAGAAUGAGGGCUAUAUUAAGAAACUGUUGCAGCUCUUCCAAACCUGCGAGAAUCUGGACAACGCAGAAGGUUUGCAUCAUUUAUACGAGAUCAUACGAGGAAUCUUAUUUCUCAAUAAAGCAACUCUGUUUGAGGUGAUGUUUUCGGACGAGUGUAUUAUGGAUGUUGUGGGGUGCUUGGAGUACGACCCAGCCUUGGCCCAGCCAAAGAGACAUCGUGAAUUCUUAACCAAAACUGCAAAGUUUAAGGAAGUAAUCCCCAUAACAGACUCCGAACUUAGACAAAAGAUUCACCAAACGUACAGGGUACAGUACAUUCAAGAUGUCAUCUUGCCUACGCCAUCUGUCUUUGAAGACAAUUUUCUUUCUACGCUUACAUCCUUCAUUUUCUUCAACAAAGUGGAGAUAGUCAGCAUGCUGCAAGAGGAUGAAAAGUUUUUGUCCGAAGUUUUUGCGCAGUUGACCGACGAAGCCACGGAUGAUGAUAAAAGACGGGAAUUGGUCAAUUUUUUUAAGGAAUUCUGUGCGUUUUCACAGACAUUACAACCUCAAAAUAGAGAUGCUUUUUUCAAAACUUUGGCAAAUCUAGGAAUUCUUCCUGCCCUGGAAAUAGUCAUGGGUAUGGACGACUUACAAGUUCGAGCUGCUGCCACAGAUAUAUUUUCAUAUCUGGUAGAAUUUAGUCCAUCCAUGGUGCGGGAGUUUGUGAUGCAGGAAGCUCAGCAGAGUGACGAUGACAUUCUGUUAAUAAAUGUUGUGAUCGAGCAAAUGAUUUGUGAUACGGACCCGGAGCUUGGAGGAGCGGUUCAGCUGAUGGGACUUCUGCGGACUCUGAUAGACCCGGAGAACAUGUUAGCGACAGCUAAUGUAAGAACAUGCAAAUGGAAAACGGAAAAAAGCGAGUUUCUGAAUUUCUUCUACAACCAUUGUAUGCAAGUUCUCACUGCGCCUCUCCUGGCAAACACAUCUGAAGACAAACCGGAUAAGGAUUCUAGUAUUGGACCCAGUACGGACAGCACCAUUUGUCCAGAUAACUAUCAGACGGCUCAGCUGCUGGCGUUAAUUUUGGAGCUGUUGACGUUCUGUGUGGAGCAUCAUACGUACCACAUCAAAAACUACAUCAUGAACAAGGAUUUGCUCCGUCGAGUGUUAAUACUAAUGAACUCCAAGCAUACUUUUUUAGCACUUUGUGCUUUACGUUUCUUGAGGCGAAUAAUUGGGCUGAAGGAUGAAUUCUACAACCGUUAUAUUAUAAAGGGAAACCUUUUUGAACCAGUUAUUAAUGCGCUUCUGGAUAACGGAACCAGAUACAACCUGCUGAACUCUGCAAUAAUAGAGCUGUUUGAGUUCAUCAGAGUGGAGGACAUAAAGUCGCUGACGGCAAAUAUAGUGGACAACUUCUAUAAAGAUCUUGAAUCCAUUGAAUACGUUCAGACAUUCAAGGGACUGAAGACCAAGUAUGAGCAAGAAAAAGACAGACAGAGUCAGAAACUAAACAGCGUACCAUCUAUACUGCGCAGCAACAGAUUCCGAAGAGAUGCAAGAGCUUUGGAAGAAGAUGAAGAGCUAUGGUUCAAUGAAGACGAGGAGGAAGAAGGCGAAGCCGUCGUGCCUCCUAUUGAAAAGUCUAAAGCAGAAGACGACUUUCCUGACAGUUAUGAGAAAUUUAUGGAAACUAAGAAAGCUAAAGAAAGUGAAGACAAGGAGAAUCUUCCAAAGAGGACUUCAGUGGGGGGAUUCAAGUUCACCUUUUCUCACUCUGCCAGUUCAGCUAACGGAGCAAAUAGUGCAAACAGCAAAUCUGUGGCAGCUCAGACCCCACCAGCAGGAUCGAACGGGUCAUCCUCCAAAAAUACAACUUUAUCUGCGACAGUUGCGUCCGCAAAGCAGGGAAGUCUGAUCGGACUGGUGGAUUACCCCGAUGAUGAGGAAGAAGAGGAGGAGGAAGACACCUCGCCCAGAAAAAGACCUAGGCUGGGAUCUUAAAUUGACAGCCAUAAGCUUUGGGUUAACACAGCAACUGAUGUCUGAGCAUAGUGUGAGUCAGGAAGCUUUCUCCCUUGAAUAAUGCGGAAGUAGCCAAACUCCACUAGAAGGGUGUAAAUGUCAAGAUUUCAUGGAGGCCCCACAAGCGUUCAUGAAUUCUUGUAGGGUUUCAGAAUGAAGGGUUAGCUAUGACACAGAGAUGAUUGCUUCAGUCCAUCUUGUGUUUGGGGAAGGGGACAGAAUGGAUCACUUAGAAAGACACUUUAACGUUGCAGGGUUGCCCCAAGAUGUAACUCAAUAAAAAGCAAAACGCUUUUAUUUGCACACCGGUAAUCUUAAUUUUUAAUGGUGCUGGCCAUAGUGUUUUAAUAAUUGCCUAUUUUAUAAAAAAAAAAAGAGAGAGAAAUGGAAGGGAAUGAAUUCUGAUCUAACUUUGGGGACCAUUCUUUGUAAAUUUAAUUCCCAUCUUUGGUAGUAGGAAUGGGAGGGGGAUGGGUGACACAUCGUAGUGCAUGUUAACUUUAAAAACGAAAAAAUGAAAAAAAAAAUGAAUGAGAACCUUUCAGUGUGUAUUUUAUUCAAAUCUGAAGUCAGAAUGAACAGAUGUCAUAAGUAGCCCGUCCUGCGUACUGCACUUCCAGAAAUACUGAUGCCAAGGAUCAGUAGCUUCCAAAACCUAGUCUGGAAACUGCCCGUUGACCUCCUUACCAGUGCCUCAAUCUCUUGCAGUGUUACUAUUUUUGUGUUAAUUAUAUGAACGGUGUGUUUAGUUUUUUUAGUUUUUUUUUCUCCCCAUUUUUUUUUCUUCUUUAGCAUUCGACGUCCUUGGUUUUUAACGCUAUUAUCGGUUUUAGUCCAUAUAAAUUAAAUAUCCCAAUUUUUUUAAAGUGCUAAAACACCAUCAUGGCUAUACAAGAAACGAUAUACCAAAGGGGUUAACACCGCAAGCAAUGAAUUAAUAUCAGCCAUUUGUUUCAUAGUCGGGGAAGCCUGCCGUUACACAUUUUAUACAUAGCAAUUCAGAGCACAUUCCGUGGAUGGAAGUGAAUUGCAGCUGAUGCGCCGUCACCGGUCUACUUGUAGGAUACAACCUGGUUUGAUUUUUAUU